AUGAUGAACGGUGAUCCUCCUCUCACUAUGUUAUCAACCGAACAGAUUCAAAAGUGCUUGGAGGAGAAUAAGGAGUUGAUACUGGCAAUAAUGGAAGGAAAAAGCCAAGGGAAGUACGCUGAGAUCGCGCCAUAUCAAACCAAGCUUCAGGAUAACUUGACUUUUCUUGCCAGACUUGCUGAUUUUGAUUCCCAGCCUGAGCCUCAGGCACAGAUGCAUUCUCAGGGGCAAGGCAUGCAGCGGCAGCCUCAAGUAGAAAUGUCCCAGCAACGACCGGACUUCUCUACCGGAAACACGGCUUUUGAUAUGAAUGAGCAGCAGCAACAGCACUUGGCAAUGUCUUUACAACAGCCUGAUCUUUCAACUUCAAAGUUGGCUUUCCAGAUGAAUGAGCAGCAGCACUAUAAGCAACCAACUUUCCUCCAACAGCGUCAACUUUUCCCUGAAGGCAUGAAUAGUUUUUCUAGUGCUAACAACAGUGGCAUGCAAACAAGAAACUGCAGUCUGCAGGAUACCCCAUCAUUCAAUCAAAUGGGCUCAGAUGCAGGUCCUGGUUGGUCUUAG